AAUUAUAAACACGUAAAAUGAGGUUGGAAGGAAAGUGGCAAAAAUCCUUUUGUGGUUCGUCAUGAAACUCAAAUAGUAUUGAACUUACAGAUUCAAAAAGACCACAGUUUUAUCGCCAUGAACACCAGGUCGCAAAUACCCAAAGGAAACAAACUGUUUUUACCGAAAAUUGAAUAUGCAAAGCUUACAGAAGACAGGCCGUUAGGCGACGAAAACCCAAACAUGAAGACCGUUUUUUCCGAUGACGAGCUAGAAAAGAGCAAUGGUGAAUCUGAAACUGAGGAGAAAAUUCCUCUGUUAAAUCUCAACUACAAUAUGGGUACUUUCACGCGUUUUUCUGUUUUACCACCGAUACAGGAUAACGCACGACACGGGAGAAGAUUGAGCAACGCGCGUAGAUUUUCAUUUGCGUCGUCGAACGGGUCAGCUGCUAGUCGCGAUACAAGCAGGAAAAGCAGUGAGGGGAAAUCGCAUAAAAACGUAGACUUCUCCAGUUUCGUAGCUCAGCAAAGAAAGGACUCGAGCGGUGAAUAUGAUAAGCAUUUACAAGUGGUUGGUAGGCCUUGCUUAGCUGAAAAACGCGAAACUCUGGGGAAAGAUCAGCUUCGAUCUAAACCGCGAAUCCCUCAACGAUCUUUCAGUAGCCCUGUGGGAUCUGAUAGUUACAAAUCCAGUUGUAAAGGCUGCAAUGCACUUCUAAUAAGGCAGCGUUCAAAAACAGAAGGUGGGCAAUAUCCUAUUGACUCGCAAUCAAGAGCUGACGUCGUACAACACACGUGUAUCAGAAGUGAGGAAUUUUCGGGUAAAAUUCAAAAGAGAUUGAAUUCAAACAGCUUACAUUUACAAAGCGAACAUCAUGCCUACGAAAAGAAUAAUAACAGAAUUCAAUCCGAAAGAAGAAAAGGCUCUACUACAGCCACAAGACAAUCAGAAAGAAUAGGUUUAUCGGUUGCAACACUUGCAAAUGGCAGACGACCUGUAAGUCGAUGCGAAAUAGACUUGAAUGUCAAUUCAUCUAUGUCAUUUGAGCAAGAUACACAUGUUUUGAAUGAGCAGCGAUCAAAUUCGCCGCCAUCAAUAAGUAUUUAUGAAUCUAAGGAAAAAACCGCUUCAAACAAGAAGCGAGACCAAAGCGAAGAAACUGCAUACUCUCUGCAAGGAAUGCCACAAAUUCAAAUUUUAAUCGACUCGCUUGAAAACGCAAGAGAGGAACUUCCAAAAGCUUCUAUGGAUGUUCCGUAUACUUCGUUGAGGGAGAAACGAAGACGGUCGGCACUGUGUAGAAAUAAUUCGAAACAAGUAGAUGAUUUUCUUCUAGUGCAUAAUCUUCGAGAUUUAGGCUUGCUUUAAACGAAUUAUUCAAGCUGAUCCUUGCAAAGCCGAUCACACGGUCGGUUGUGUUUUAUUUUUCAGCUUAGCUGUCACAGUUGCCAAGAAACAUUUGCGCCAAUAAAAGCUUAUUAGGCAAGACAGGUGACUUGGUCUUCCAUUUUACGCAAACAUGACUCAUAUGCAUUUCCUCUGAAGGAAGCAAAAAUACCAUUUCAGAAGUAAAUCUCAAUAGUACUAAUCUUACAGGUUUACAGUACGACAAGCCGUAAAAGAAAUUUUCACUUGGAAAUCUUAUGGCAAAGAUGUAUGGUAAUUAUUAUUAUAAAUCAAGCGCGAAUUAGCAUGGAGCGAUAUAUUAUUCAUACCACCUAAGUAAACUCUACGUCGUGCAUGCACUACCUGUGCCAUAAUGAAAAAACAUGGAGUGAUGACAAUUAAAACCGUGAAGUUGCAUACAUAAUCUUAAAAACCGGACCGAAAAGAGACUGAACGUAUUUGGUUCCAAAAUAAACUUAUAUAUUUGUACCAGGUCGUGUAUGUGCGUCUACCUAAUUUCCGAUAUAUUUAUGACAUAUGUUUUAUCAUAAGGACAGCGUAGGAGAUAAUAGCACCUCGGUAAUUGAUUGUGUCUUUUAUUGGCUCUUGAGAUAGGAAAAUAAGCUAUUCUUGGAGAUUCAAAACUUCAAUAAAAAUCUGUCUUUGAACCUUCGAAAUCGCGCCGUGUAUUUCGCCAUUGUAGUGGC